CUUUCCUGACAUAGCAUGUUUGGAUGAUCCAUCCCCGUGUUGGAGCAGAAUACUCCAAGAAAAAUUCUCAGUCUACUUUUCUUUUCCUUCUUUGACUCUUGGUUGCGUGUAAGAUGUCCGGGCUUCAGGGUCUUUCAGAAGAAGAGCUUCCUGAGCAGCAGGAGUGGAGCUCCAGCCUAGAUCAGGAGGACACCAAGCAUGAAGAGGAAGAACUGAGGAUCAGACAGGAUGGAGAGCCAUUUCAAGGACAGGAGGAGGAGACUAUUAUCAAGUUCCCAUUCAGCUCUGUCCCUGUGAAGAGUGAAGAUGAUGAAGAACCAGGAUCUGAUGUAGAGGGCUGUGGAGAAUCAGAACAAGCCAGUAGCUCAGAUCCAGGGAGACAUUUACAUCCAGAGAUUGAAGUCAAAAUUGAAGAGUGUUCUGAACCUGAGGCUGAAGACUAUAACAAUGUGACGUGCACAACAACGUAUUGCUCAGGUUUAAGUUCUGUGGAAAGAGUUAGAGAUCAGGAACCAAAGACCAAUGAGACAUUUCGUAGCUGUCCUGAAAGUGGCAUAAUAUUCACAAGGAAAAGUAGUCUAACCAAACACACGAGUAUUCAGACAAAGGACACACCCUUGGACUGCUCUAAGUUUGUUGGAAUAUCUAGCCCUGAAGCAAAUCUUGAACAGCAUUUGAUGAAUCACUCGGAGAAGACCGUCAGCUGCCCUGAGUGUGGCAAAGAAUUUGGAAACAAAUGUUAUAUGAGAAAUCAUAUGAAAACACACACAGGAAAGAAACCUUUCAGCUGCACUAAAUGUGACAAAAGAUUCAGACAUGGAGGUCAUCUGAAAGAACAUAUGAGAACUCACACGGGAGAGAAACCCUUCAGUUGCUCUGAGUGUGGCAAAAGAUUUGCACAUAGCAGCUAUGUGACAGUACAUAUGAGAACUCACACAGAAGAAAAGUCCUUUAGCUGCCAUGAGUGUGGCAAAAGAUUUCGAAACAAAUGUUAUAUGAGAAAUCAUAUGAAAACACACACAGGAAAGAAACCUUUCAGCUGCACUAAAUGUGACAAACGAUUCAGACAUGGAGGUCAUCUGAAAGAACAUAUGAGAACUCACACGGGAGAGAAACCCUUCAGUUGCUCUGAGUGUGGCAAAAGAUUUGCACAUAGCAGCUAUGUGACAGUACAUAUGAGAACUCACACAGAAGAAAAGUCCUUUAGCUGCCAUGAGUGUGGCAAAAGAUUUAGACGGAAGCAUCAUCUGAGAACUCAUUUGAUAAGUCACAGGGGACUGAAACCCUUCAGCUGCUCAGAGUGUGGCAAACAAUUUACUUGCAAGGCAUAUCUGGACCAUCAUUAUAUAGUUCACACAGAAGAGAAACACAUUAGUUGCUCGGAGUGCGGUAAAAGAUAUGCCCACAGAGCAGCUUUGAAAAGACAUAUGAUAUGCCACACAGGAGAGAGACCCUUCAGUUGCUCUGAGUGUGGUAACAAAUAUGCCUACAGAUCAACUUUGAAAAGACAUACAUGUAGACCCACACAGAAGCAAAACCCUUCAGUUGAUCUGAGUUAACAAAAAGUUUGGUGAAUAGGCCAUGUGUGUAAACACAAGAAUUCAUACAGGAGAAAAAAAAACUUAAGCUACAAAGAUUCCCAUGUUAUUCUCAAUUAAGAAGACACAAGUGAUGCUUUGUCAUGCCUCAGAACCAUUAAAGGGGCAAACAAGUUUUAAAGGAGACAGAAACAGGGGCUGAUGUAGAGGGUUGUGGAGGAAUUCAGAUCCAGACAGACAUUAACAGUCAAAGAUCAAGGCAAUGAAGUUGAAGACAUUCAUGAUGACUCCUAGAGAACAAGAGAGCAUCUUUUAGUUUCAUUAUGAGAAAAAAAUUCAGUUAUUAAAUGUAAUAGUGGAGAUGAACCAAUAACCAGUAAAACCUGACUGUUCUAAAUAUGGUAACAGUUUCAGCUGGAGUCAAUCUGAAAUGUCACAUCGGGGAAAAAUAAUGGUAUUUCAGUUUUUGAGAUAAGAAAUGCAGUCAGUAGUUGAGGUUCUUGGCAAAAGGGUGAUUUCCAAUGCUCCUAAAGCGUUGGUAUAAAUAAUGUUGAUCCAGUUAAGAUGAAUCGGUAAAUUUGAAAUGUAUGUAACUUUGAAAAAAAUGAAAAAAUAUAAUUCUUUAUUUUCUCCAAAAUUAACCCUCAGCAUGAGAUGGUGACAGAGCCUUUUGCAGCAGGUGCUGCUGAUGCAGUGAGACUCUAAAAAUUUUUAACAACAGACAACCUGGAUGUAAUUUACAGGACAAAUCGAAGAUUACCUUUCUUAACUUCUUAGUGUUCCACUCAAAACAUCAAGAGUUUCACAACAGUUUUCUCUUUUUACAGCUAUGCUAUUAACAAAGUUGAUAACUUACUCUUUUAUUGGUGUUGAAGUUGCAGAUAGUCUAA